AGGUACAGAUCCUUUCCACGUCCGCCAUUUUGACAUACGGUGCUUUUCGCGAGUGUUGGUUUUAUGUUUUAUCGUUUCUCGUGAAAAUAAUCUUUUUUACUGAAACGUCCUGACAUACAAGUUUCAAUCAUGGGGAAUAUGUUUGCAACGUUAUUCAAAGGUCUUUUUGGCAAAAAAGAAAUGAGGAUUUUGAUGGUGGGUCUUGAUGCAGCAGGUAAAACCACAAUUCUGUACAAAUUAAAAUUAGGGGAAAUUGUCACUACAAUUCCUACUAUAGGUUUCAAUGUAGAAACGGUCGAGUAUAAAAAUAUAAGUUUCACUGUAUGGGAUGUAGGCGGCCAAGACAAAAUAAGACCUCUGUGGCGGCAUUACUUUCAGAAUACACAAGGAUUGAUAUUCGUCGUUGAUAGUAAUGAUAGGGAACGUAUUGGUGAAGCACGUGAAGAGUUAAUGAGAAUGCUGGCGGAAGAUGAACUUAGAGAUGCAGUACUUCUCAUAUUUGCUAACAAACAAGAUCUGCCAAACGCAAUGAACGCAGCAGAAAUCACCGACAAGUUGGGGUUACAUUCUCUACGUAAUCGCAAUUGGUACAUCCAGGCAACGUGUGCCACGAGUGGAGACGGACUUUACGAAGGUCUCGACUGGCUUUCCAAUCAGCUGAAAAAUGCCAAUCGCUAAUUGGGAAAAUUACUCUGUCAACAUUCAGUUGCUAUUAACAUCAUACAAAAAUAGCUGCACGCCUCCUCCCCCCUCUACUACGAAUGAGCAACAAAAGAAACAACCGAUACAAACGUCGCAAGCUCUCCGCGAUUUUGAGUGGAAAAUGUAGAAGAGGUUAUUCCUGGGAGUUGACUGUGUGUCAGUAGGUUUUUUUUUAAGGGGUGAGAGGAGCGGGAAGCGGCCGCAGGCACACGAUCGAACGGCCACAUCGGACUAUUGCCUUGCGCAACUUAUUAUAAUUAUUAUUAUUAUUAUUAUUAUAUUAGCAUUAUAUAGUUACACUUUUUACACAGAGAUGCCACAAACAUGUGGAAAACUUGGAAGUAAUUAUUAUAUUAAAGUACCUAACUUUGAAACAUACAAUACACAUUGAUUAAUGAGUAAUUUAAAUGAUACCUCUCUUCGAUGAGAAAAUUUAACACGCGCACACACAUACACACACACACACAUACACGCGCGCGCGCGCGCGCGCGCGAGAAAAGAAAAAGGUAAAGUACCCACAAUGUUGCCAGUUUUGAAUGCGUUGAACAUACCGAUUAUCAUAAUGUAGCUGCAUAUUGUACAUUACAUUAUAUAAAUAUGAUAAAAAUGUGAUCGAUAGACGAAAGAAUGUUGCUCUGUCCACUACAUUUUCAAAAAUUGCUCUUGCUCGGCCCAGCGCGAUUUAUACGAAAAUGCAAACGGUGAUUGCAGCAGAGAAUGCAAUGACUAAUCAUUUCCUAGUUACAAAAGUUUCUUUCUAUUUUUUUAAAUUUUCGGCGAUAAAAAAACUUGGGAAAACUGAAGAUGUGGAUAAUUGUCUGACUAUCUGGUCACGCGGCAAGUGUGCAUCUUCCUUUCACCUAUCCGCCUUCAAACUUGGGUAUUCAAACAUGUAUGUUUUGUUAGAAAAAAACGAUUUAUUUAUUACACUUUGAUAAGAGAGGAUUAAAACAUGUCUUUGACAUUCCGAAAUUGUGCAGUGAACGCGAUGGAAAGUCCAAAGACUCAAAAGAGAUUUGAAAAGGCUCUCGAGCUGUCAGCGAAGAGUCAGGCCUCGUAAUUGUUAAAUUCGUAAAUUUUGCUAUUGUAGCGUUAUACGCUAUUAAUUUCGGUAAUAUAAUUCACAGUCGUUCUUCGAUGUCCCAACAUUUCUUUUUAUUUUGUCUUUGAAAUACAUUGUUUUUAUAAUAUACUCCUACCCCUCUAAUUUUUCAUUCAAUCGCCUUUUCGUC